GUCAACUCUGUGGUUUGACAGCUCGAGAUGGGGCUAGCACUUCCUCUGCAGCCUUGAGCCCUCAGUCGGACAGGGCGAGUCUGUGGAGGGUCCUUGGUUUCUUCUCUUCUCGUCGUUUUCUGGGCAAGCCUGGAAGAUGCAGGAUGAAGAAGGUUACACGGUAUUGAACCUCCGACCCCAGGAGAAAACCACCAUCCGCCUGUCACCAGGGAGGAUCCAAGAUUCUCCUUUGAGUUCCCAGUGCUUCAAAUGCAUGCUAGGAAUUCUGGGGGCUCUUUGCAUCAUUCUGACAUUAGCCGUGAUCAUUCUGACUAUCCUCGUUUUCCAGGGCGGCUCUCACAAAGGACCGACCGGAACACCCCCAAACACCCCUGCGGACAGUGAUUCUGGGUGGAGAAGCUUAAACAGUGCAGAAGGCAGCAGCAGGCCAGAGGACGUCCUCGCUCAUCUGAGACAGAAUCUGUGCGAUCUGCAAACACAUAGCAGAGCAGAUGGAGGCUCUGAGUGCAAACUCUGCCCCAUGGACUGGCUGUCACACAGAGGAAAGUGCUAUUGGUUCUCUAAAGGGAAUAAGGACUGGAAUGGGAGCCGUGAUGACUGCCCAAGGAAGAGGUCUCACAUCCUGGUGAUCCAGGACCAGCAUGAGAUGGAGUUCAUACAGAAUGUCACACAAGGGAAAUAUCCCAUUUGGAUUGGGCUUAAUGUUACAUCCCCAGAAGAGAAAUGGACCUGGGUGGACGGCUCCAUCUUAAACCAAAAUCUGUUUCCGGUAUCUGGUCCAGCUGUGAGAAACAGUUGUGGGGUGAUAAAGGGGAAUCAGAUGCGUUCGGAAAUGUGCAGCGCUGAAUUUAAGUGGAUUUGUCAGAAAGAAGCCGCCCUGAUCUAAGCAAUGACAGUAGGGAGGCAGUAUCCUUAGAAAUAAUAGAUUCCUAGAUAGAAAAGCCAUUCUGAUUGUCUACUCUGACCUCCUGCAUAACAAAGGCCAGUGGUAAAAAGCUGACAGGAGAGAGCUACAUGCUCCUC